CGGGGCUGCGCCGGGCUCCGUGGGUCGAUGUCAAUGUGUCUGUCCUUCACUCCUCCAUUGUCUGCCGCCGCCACUGCCGCGGGUGCCACCGCCGCUGCCGGGAUCGCCGCAGCCUGCAGCCUCGCGCGUCGCCGCUACCUCCUCGGACAGAAAUUUUAUGAAUAAGCAUCAGAAGCCAGUGCUAACAGGCCAGCGGUUCAAAACUCGGAAAAGGGAUGAAAAAGAGAAAUUCGAACCCACGGUCUUCAGGGAUACACUUGUCCAGGGGCUUAAUGAAGCUGGUGAUGACCUUGAAGCUGUAGCCAAGUUUCUGGAUUCCACAGGCUCAAGAUUAGAUUAUCGUCGCUAUGCAGACACACUCUUUGAUAUCCUGGUGGCUGGCAGUAUGCUUGCCCCUGGAGGAACACGCAUAGAUGACGGAGACAAGACCAAGAUGACCAACCACUGUGUGUUUUCAGCAAAUGAAGAUCAUGAAACCAUCCGAAAUUAUGCUCAGGUCUUCAAUAAACUCAUCAGGAGAUAUAAGUAUUUGGAAAAAGCAUUUGAGGAUGAAAUGAAGAAGCUUCUCCUCUUCCUUAAAGCCUUUUCUGAAACAGAGCAGACAAAGUUGGCAAUGCUGUCGGGGAUCCUACUGGGCAACGGCACCCUUCCCGCCACCAUCCUCACCAGUCUGUUCACCGACAGCUUAGUCAAAGAAGGCAUUGCAGCCUCAUUUGCGGUCAAGCUUUUUAAAGCAUGGAUGGCAGAAAAAGAUGCCAACUCUGUUACCUCUUCUUUGAGAAAAGCCAACUUAGAUAAGAGGCUGCUUGAACUCUUUCCAGUUAACAGGCAGAGCGUGGAUCAUUUUGCUAAAUACUUCACUGACGCAGGCCUGAAGGAGCUUUCCGACUUCCUCCGAGUCCAGCAGUCCCUGGGCACCAGGAAGGAACUGCAGAAGGAGCUCCAGGAGCGUCUUUCUCAGGAAUGCCCAAUCAAGGAGGUGGUGCUCUAUGUUAAGGAAGAAAUGAAGAGGAAUGAUCUUCCGGAAACAGCAGUGAUUGGACUUCUGUGGACCUGUAUAAUGAAUGCUGUUGAAUGGAACAAGAAGGAAGAACUCGUUGCAGAGCAGGCCCUUAAGCAUCUGAAGCAAUACGCUCCACUCCUGGCUGUGUUCAGCUCCCAAGGCCAGUCAGAGCUGAUCCUCCUCCAGAAGGUUCAAGAAUACUGUUAUGACAACAUCCAUUUCAUGAAAGCUUUUCAGAAGAUCGUGGUUCUCUUUUAUAAAGCUGAUGUCCUGAGUGAAGAAGCAAUAUUGAAAUGGUACAAAGAAGCACAUGUUGCCAAAGGCAAAAGUGUUUUUCUUGACCAGAUGAAGAAAUUCGUUGAGUGGCUACAAAACGCAGAAGAAGAAUCUGAGUCAGAAGGUGAAGAAAAUUAGAUGGCUCAAGAAGCACAACAGGCCACCACACAACACUUUUACUGGGAAUGCUGAACCAUUUGAGAAGAGAAAACUUGGCCUCCGUUUUCACAAAGGAAAAAAAAAAUAGGAUAGGUUGCCCUUGUGCGAAGGGGAAAUGGUUUUUGUUUUCGUUUUGUUUUUAAAUGGAGCCCUGAGGCAUCAGCUAUUAUACUUGGGACUCUACCUCUCACUCACUAUAUGCUAACUUAAAGCCAUUCAACAAGGAGUCCAGUAGGUAUCUGAAAUUCAAUACUCAACAGACUCCUCUUUUUUAGCUGUAUUUUUCAGGUACUGUGUGGUGAACGCCCCACUGGUGUCUAUUACAGGGCCACUUUGGUAGUUGUGUAUCUGCUCGUGUAUGUGAUUUGACAAACCAGUUUUUUAAAAUAAAUGGCUUUUUAAAAA